CCCGCCUUCCCCCGCCUGGGCCUGGCUCCUCCCCGUCACGACGACGACGAAGAAUCCGCCGGUGGGAGCGAGGGGACUCCCUUGCUUCCCUCCUUCCUCCUCGGGGCCCACCUGUGGCGGGAAGGUUGAGUCUCCAAUCUUCGAAAUGCUUGGGACCAGAAUUGUUUUGGAUGUAUUCUCCCUGGAUUUUGGAACACCUGUGUUUGGAUCUGUGCUCUUAAUGAGGUCUCUUCGAGACGGGACCCAAAUCUAAAUAUGGAAUUUGUUGAUACGCCAUAAGCAUCUUGUACCCAUAGCCUGAAGAGUGACUGGUUGGCUUUUGAUCAAUCGACAGCCUUCAUCCAUGGGAGUGGGAGACUACUUUUCAACAGGGUGAUUCUAUUUUGAAAAACUAGAACCUCUCUGUGAUGGAAAAUGGAAGACAGAGGAACUCGGGUUGCUGACUACUUCGUUGUGGCCGGAUUGACGGAUAUUUCAAAACCACUCGAAGAGGAAAUCCACUUCAAUGAUGCCUGUCACAAACUCGCCAAGCCAAAGGAGCCAAUCACCGAUGUGUCUGUCAUAAUUAAAUCUCUGGGGGAAGAGAUCCCUCAUGGUUACAGAUGCAUAGAUGUGACUCCCUCAGGAUUGUCGGCGGAUCUCAACAAUGGCAGCCUUGUGGGACCACAGAUAUAUUUGUGCUACAGGAGAGGAAGGGACAAACCUCCACUGACUGAUCUGGGGGUUUUAUAUGAUGGGAAAGAGAGACUCAAACAGGGUUGUGAAAUUAUUCAAGUAACUCCCUAUGGCCGCCCUGCAAAUAUCAGCGGUGGAAGCUCCUCACAAAAAGUAUACAUCACUUACCGAAGAGCCAUGGAGAACAUGACGCAGAAUACUUUGGCUGUGACAGAUAUAUGCAUAAUUGUACCUAGUAAAGGAGAAACCCCGCCACAUACCUUCUGCAAAGUUGACAAGAAUCUGAACAAUAGUAUGUGGGGCACAGCAGUCUACCUGUGUUAUAAAAAGUCUGUGGCGAAAACAAACACCAUAUCAUAUAAAGCUGGUCUAAUAUGCAGAUAUCCAGAAGAUGACUACGAUUCAUUUCCCUUACCAGUAUCAGUCCCUCUCUUUUGCCUCCCAAUGGGUGCCACAAUUGAAUGCUGGCCGUCAAAUAGUAAAUAUCCUCUCCCAGUUUUUUCCACAUUUGUACUUACAGGAGCUUCUGCAGAAAAGGUCUAUGGUGCUGCUAUUCAGUUCUAUGAAACGUAUUCUGAGGAAAAACUCACAGAAAAACAGAAGUCUCAGCUAGGCCUCAUGGAAACGGCGGACAGGAAAUCUGCUGCUUCUAAAACAGUCCAGACAAAUAAAUGCAUCUGUCUUCUUUCCCACUGGCCAUUCUUUGAUGCUUUCAAGAAAUUCCUUACCUUUCUGUAUCGUUACUCUAUAUCCGGUCCACAUGUCUUGCCUAUUGAAAAGCAUAUUUCCCAUUUUAUGCACAAGGUUCCUUUUCCAUCCCCACAGAGGCCAAGAAUUUUAGUCCAAUUAUCACCUCAUGACAGCCUGAUCCUUAGUCAACCCAUUUCGUCACCUCUGCCACUGAGCGGAGGCAAAUUUUCUGCCCUUCUGCAGAACCUUGGGCCUGAGAAUGCCGUAACUCUCCUUGUUUUUGCGGUGACGGAACAUAAGAUCCUUAUCCAUUCUUUGCGGCCUUCGGUCCUUACUAGUGUGACAGAAGCACUUGUCUCGAUGAUCUUUCCCUUCCACUGGCCCUGCCCCUACAUUCCUCUCUGCCCCCUCGCCCUGGCAGAUGUGCUGAGCGCCCCGUGUCCCUUCAUCGUUGGAAUUGAUUCCAGAUACUUUGACCUCUAUGACCCUCCGCCAGAUGUUAGCUGUGUUGACCUAGAUACAAACACCAUCUCGCAACCUGGAGACAAACGAAACCUUGCCUGGAAGAUCUUGCCAAAGAAACCUUGCAAAAAUCUGAUGAACACUUUAAAUAACUUAUAUCAACAGCUAGCAGAACUGCAACAAAGACCCAGAGAUGAUGCGCUGAUGGAGCUGGCCAUGAAUGACUACGAUUUCCAUUCGGGCUCAAAGCUGCAUCUGCUGGAUUUGGAAAUCCAAGAGGCGUUUCUCUAUUUCAUGGCCUCGAUCCUGAAAGGUUACCGGUCCUACCUAAGACCUAUUACACAAGCACCGUCUGAAACAGCGACAGACGCAAGCUCCCUCUUUGAACUUCAAGGGUUCUUAAAAAGCCGCGAUCGUUCGCAUCAGAAGUUUUACACCAUGAUGACCAAGACGCAGAUGUUUAUCCGCUUCAUCGAGGAAUGUUCCUUCGUGAGCGAUAAAGAUGCAAGCCUUGCGUUUUUUGAUGACUGUGUAGACAAAGUUGAUAUGGAUAGGACUGGGGAGACGCGGCUCAUGGAGCUGGAUGAGUCCUACAGGAGUGAGCACACGGUUUUCAUCACUCCCCCUGAGAUCCCUCACCUUCCCAAUGGAGAAGAACUUCCAUCGCAGUACAGUUACAACGGGUUUCCUGUGCUGAGGCAGGAUUUGUUUGAGCGGCCGGCGGGACUCCUGACAAUACAAAACCACAAAUUAUCUUCCAAAGCCAGCAGUCCGAACAGCCCUCUGCCGAUGUUCAGGAGAACAAAACAGGAAAUCAGGUCGGCCCAUAAGAUCGCUAAAAGGUACUCCUCCAUCCCUCAGAUGUGGUCCCGGUGUUUGCUGCGCCACUGUUAUGGCCUGUGGUUUAUCUGCCUCCCAGCCUAUGUCAAAGUCUGUCACUCCAAAGUGAGAGCACUGAGGACAGCCUACGAUGUGCUGCGGAAGAUGCACACUAAAAAGAUUGACCCGCCUGAUGAGGUGUGCUACCGAGUGUUGAUGCAGCUAUGUGGGCAAUAUGGCCAACCUGUGUUAGCCGUGAGGGUCCUUUUCGAAAUGAAAAAAGCUGGAGUUGACCCUAAUGCCAUUACAUACGGUUAUUAUAAUAAGGCUGUUUUGGAAAGCACCUGGCCAUCCAGCAACCGAAGCGGCUAUUUUCUGUGGACGAAGAUAAGAAAUGUCAUCUUAGGUAUAGCACAGUUCAAAAGAGUACUGAGGAAGCAGCCUGCAAACGGCAUCCACAAAAGUCUUUCUGCAGAGCAUUCGGAUCUCUUCUACAAACUCUCCAAAGAAGCUGUUAAGCAAGGGAAAGCAACUGUUCAGAAGAACGGAGAGCAUAAAGAAGAGAAAAAGGAGAGCGACUGCCGCUCAUUAUCUGAGAUAGAGAAUGGGAAAGGAAGUGGCAACUGCCUCCAUGCAUUAAAUUAUCAGAAUUCCAACAGCACUAAGACUGCUUCAAGGAUUGUUCGUAUCAGUGAUACCAUUGGCAAAAUAACAGAUACAACAGGAGAUUUUGGGACAGAAAGCUCUGCUGGAUUGCUGUUCUCUUCCUUUGAAAACACCAAGAAAACUAAAGUUACCAAAGCUUCAUACUUAAGCAAGCAUUUAAAUGCAGCCGACUUAGAACACAAGCGGACGGUUUGGAGGAACAGGAACCGCAACCUGAGUGGAGAUGCCUUGAUAGAACUCAUGAAAAAUCAAAUUAACCAGGAAGUAAAUCCAGAUGAGAUUGUUGAGAAACUCGGAGUAGAUGCUAAGAUCCUUUCCAAAGUGUUUGAGAAGCGCAUCAGGCCCAAGACUCUCCGUAUCAGGCCGUCUUCUUUGGAAACCAUUAAGAGAGGGAACCCGGAGAAAGAAUCCAGCGAUGAGGACAUGCCCUACGAAAACUGUUUUGUGGACAAAAUGGAGUCUCCAGUUAUAUUUGACUUGGAAGAUUUGGAUCACGAACCUGUCUUGGUUAAAACUGUGAAGCCGUCACAUAAAAAACCACAAAGGAUCCAGCGUGCUAUCAGUUUUCCCUUAAAGGCCAUUGAGAAAAUGGGUGUCGAAAGAGGAUUUGAUCCGUUGUCUUUGCUGGCUGCUGAGGUAGAGACGCAGGAAGUGGAGGAAGAGGAGGACAGGAGUUCUUCGACUCCGUCGGCAAGGCGAGAUUUGGCUGAGGAAAUAGAGAUGUAUAUGAACAAUAUGAGCAGCCCCUUAACAAGCCGGGCGCCGAGUGUCGAUCUGCAAAAAGCCUGCAGUGACAAGAACUCUCUGAAAAGGAGCCCGACAUUUGCUCAGCCACGCCGGCGGUCCAGCCUCCCCCCAAACUCCCCCAGGCCCACCGGCCUCAUCAAAUCCAAAAGCUACCAGGCCAAAAAUGAAGACAGGGUAAGGGACAGACUUUGGUCUUCCCCAGUGUUUUCGCCACAUGAUCUGUCAAAGGGACAGUCUCAGGAUGCGGCGGGCACCGUCAUGCUGGCUUCUCCCACCACCUUCAAUUUGGACACUCUCCUGACGCCGACCUUCGACGUCCUGAAGAACAGCAUGUUUACUGCAGGGAAAGGAGUGGCAGAGAAGGCCAGCAAGUGGUACUCAAAGUUUACAACGUAUGCGUCUUCAUCCAAGGACCAAAAUUCGGACCGGGCGAGCAUUUCAUCCCUGGGAGCCCUGGAUUCAGAAUCUACCUCUCUGACCGAUGAAGAUGUCUGCAAUGAUUUCGACAGUAACUCUUCCCUUCAAGAGAAUACCUCCUCUGUGUUGAAAGGGAUGGGUUUGAGCAGGACGAGCCUGGAGAGCUCCGCUUCCAACAAUGGCUCCUCAAAGCGCAGCUCCCUUUCAAAGUUUCCUUUGCCUGACAAGUCGGAGCUGGUGUCGUCUUGCAGCACAAGCAGUACGAGUGUGUUCCAGAAUUAUGCAUUGGAGGUCCUCAUCUCAAGUUGUUCGCGGUGCCGGACCUGCGACUGCCUCGUCCAUGAUGAAGAAAUCAUGGCCGGAUGGACCGCUGACGAUUCCAACCUGAACAGCACCUGCCCUUUCUGCGGGAACUUGUUCUUGCCUUUCCUGAACAUCGAAAUCAGGGACCUUCGGGGGCCCGGAAGGUAUUUCCUGAAGUCCAGUCCCUCAUCAGAGAACAUGCAGCUGCCCUGUUCCAUUUCAAACCAUACAGGAAAGUCUUGCUCCUCUGAUCCCACUUCAGGACUUACAAUAUCCCUAGUUCCUGCUCAUGACAGCUUACACUCAGAUAGCAGCAAUUCCAAACAAUCACCUGCCAGCUGCACCAGGGGCAUUCAGAUCCCUUCCAGAAGGAAACAGAACGCUGUCCGCACUGAACACAUCAGCCACCCUUUGUCCAGGAGCAUCAGCACCUCCAUUCCCAUGGAACCAGAGGAGACGGAGGGCCACAAGAAUGGUCACGUGGUCCCCACAGGGAGCCUGCCCACCUCUUUGCAAGGGACAGCGGACCCCCUGGGGAUAGAGUGGCAUUUCCCCAGCCCAGAGCCUAUCACUGUCCCUUACUUGAGUCCUCUGGUUGUGUGGAAGGAGCUUGAAAGCUUAUUAGAAAAUGAAGGAGACCAUGCGAUUGCGGUGGCAGCCUUUGUGGACCACCAUCCCAUUGUCUUCUGGAACCUAGUGUGGUACUUCCGGCGCCUGGACCUGCCCAGUAACCUUCCAGGGUUAAUCCUGUCCUCGGAGCACUGCAAUAAGAACUCAAAGAUUCCAAGAAACUGCAUUUUGGAGGAUAGCAAAUAUGUUCUCAUCCAGAUGUUGUGGGACAACAUGAAGUUGCACAAAGAUCCAGGGCAACCUCUGUACAUUUUGUGGAAUGCCCAUACUCAAAAGUACCCCAUAGUUCACCUCCUGCAGAAGGAUGACGCUUCUUUUAACCAGGAGCUUUUGAGAAACAUGGUAAAAAGCAUUAAGAUGAAUGACGUCUAUGGACCGAUGAGUCAAAUCCUAGAAAGACUUAGCAGAGUCCCACAAAUGAAGAGGCAAAGGAGCCUUUACAGAGAAAUUUUGUUCCUCUCCCUUGUUGCCCUUGGAAGAGAGAACAUUGAUAUAGAUGCUUUUGACAGAGAAUACAAAAUGGCUUACGACCGCCUGACGGCAAACCAGAUCAAGAGCACCCACAAUUGCGACAGACCUCCUAGCACUGGAGUGAUGGAGUGUCGGAAAAUAUUUGGGGAACCAUACCUUUAAGAGAUAUAAAAGGAAUUCUUUGCAGUGUUCAUAUGUAUAGAAAAAGAACGAGAGAGACUUCAGAAAGACUUUUGCCCUUCUCCAUUCACAUUCAGAUUGUUUUUUAAUCCAAAUUUCCCAGAAUGAUAUUUGAAUGACUCAUAAACAAUGGGCCAAGGAAGGCUCUCUUUACUGGGAUGGUCUCUGCAAACCACUACAUGGAGAUAUUAUCCAAUGGAAGAUGAAGCAAAGAUACGGACCAAAACCAUGCACUAAAAGUUUGCAUGAACAAAAUAAGCUUUUUUCAAAACUGUUUACAGAGAAUGUUUGCGAAGGGAGGAACGUUACAGAGUGCAUACCAGAGUUGUAUAAUAUUUUAAAUUAUUUAUAGUAAGUUCUUAUUUUUUUAACUUUUUAAAUAGCGAAUUAAACGAGCCUGUUGCAUAAGCAAUACCUUUUUCCCUCCUUCAGAAGAAGGUUUAUAGCAAAUUGUUUUUUUCUCCCCCAAGAAAACAAAAAUCCACUCUUUUUUUAAAAAAACAAAACAAAAAUUAAUACAGAAAGAUAACUUUUACUAAACCAGAAUAAGAAUUGUCAAUAUAUUUUCCAAAAGGGAAAAAAAGAAAAAGAGGAAUCUACAUUUGCAAAUUUUAGCUGAAAAGAAUUACAGACUUGUGUAAAAUGGUCAGAAUUAAAGAUGCAUUUGUCACUUUUCAGAAAUCUGGGGUGACAAGUCCUUUGAGGUCUCCUUGACUGGAUCUUCUCAGAAAGGAAUUUGUGAGAAGCACGGCUUUUGAGAGCAAAUAUUAGAAAUCUUCUCUUAGAAAUGAAUUUGUGACCUCUCCUUUGUCCAAAAAAAAUCAAGAAUUUUUAAAAAUCUAAAAUUAUUUAAAGUGUCAAUAAUAUAUUUUUAACUAUUUACAAUAUUUCCCAUUUUACACGUGUUGCUUUUGGUGGAGUAGUGGAGAGGAGAUAAGUCAUCAUUUUGGGUCAUUUAAAAGAAAUAGAAUUAACUUUUUAUUAUUGAUGAAUGUUAAGAAAUUAUGAUCAUGUCUGCUCAAUAUUUUGACUCAAGGGAAUUAAUUUGCUCCAAUUAUUUCAAUUCUCAUGCGUUGAUACUAACAUUUCCAAGCUCUGUCCAGAAGCCACUGCUGUGCAGAUAAUUCCUUAACAAAGAUGAGAAUCUAAAAAGGGACUUUAGGGCCAUCUGUAGGAACUUGGGCCAUUCUCCUUCAAACGGCAAGCCAUUAUUAUUAUUAUUAUUAUUAUUAUUAUUAUUAUUAUUAUUAUUAUUAUUAUUAUUAUUAUUAACCAGAUCAUAUACUGGUUUUUGAAAGCAUUUUCAAAAGCGCUUUGCCAUUCAUUUCAAGGGAUUGACUGCUUGCUGUUCCAGAGGGAUGGCCCUAAAGCAUCAUGCCUUUCUUUAGAUCCCAGCGGGGAAAACCAUUAUUUUUCAUAGGAAUUUUGAGUGUAUGACAGAAGAAGGCCCAUGUCUCUUCCCGAGCUCCAUUUUGUGUUUGCAGUGAUAUAUAUAAAAACCUACAAAUCUAUAUUUUGCCUUUGCUUAGAAAACAAAACAUCUCCAAGUUUUGUCAAAAUAUUUUUGAAAAAACUGUUUUUAAGUGUCAGGGUUGUCUGAACAGAUGAGAGAAUAAGAAAAGUGCACACUCAUGUUGGCUUUAAUAGUAAAGUUAAUGCAAAUGAACAUCUUGAUUUGAGCCAAAGUAUCAAUGUGUUGUCAAAGGCUUUCAUGGCUGGAAUCACUGGUUUGCUGUGAGUAUUCCAGGCUGUAUGGCCAUGUUCCAGAGGCAUUUUCUCCUGACGUUUCGCCCACAUAGAUGGCAGGCAUCCUCAGAGGUUGUGAGGACCUCUGAGGAUGCCUGCUAUAGAUGUGGGUAAAACUUCAGGAGAGAAUGCCUCUGGAACAUGGUAACACAGCCAAAGAAAACUCAUAUCAACUCAGUGUAUCCUAUCAGUUCUAGUUUAGGUACUCUAGAAGGAAGCAUUAUACUAUGUAACCAAAUUUUAAAAAUGUUCUGUUCCUGGUUUGAAAGUGUUACUUCCUGUUUAAUUGAAUGAUCCUUACUUUGAAAGUAGUUGUUCUACUCCAGAAACUUCGUUGUUUUUGUGGCUGCCACAAACUAGGUUGAAUUGGUUGAGACUCUUAUGGUGAGAUCUUCAUUGGAAAACUAUCGCAAAAUGUGUUAUAGCAGGAUAUCUGUCCCACCAAAACAAAGUUUUUGCAGUUUGAUCAACUUUCCCCAUGUUUUCAUGACAGAACCAAUUAAGAAACGACAUUUAUAACCCGGGAACAAAAAUCGUGUUACAUAGUGAUCAUUAUUAGUCAGUGCAAAGUGGAAUUGUUUGCCCAUAAACUCAAUGAAAUCGGUUUCAAAGCCUCCUUAGUUUCCAAAAAUGGUUUAGCUUGUGAUGUGGAAUGCUGUUGGCUGACAUGCUUCUCAAUGUGUGGAAAACACAUUUAUGGAGGUCGAAGGCCAUCAAUAACAUGCUUCAAAUUCAUGCCUUUUCUUUAUCUGGAAGUAAUCCUACCGUCUGGUCUAGACAUUUCAGUUCAGCUUUGUGUCUCAGUAGAGAUCAAAGUGGGAUGUAAUAAUAAUAAUAACAACAACAACAACGAUGAUGAUGUUGGCUCUCCACAUUUUGCAGAUUCAAUUAUUUGCAGAUUUGAUUGGCAAGUCUUCUAGCACAGCCCUAAUGUCUUUUAAUCUGAUAUCUUUGUCUUUUAAUGUAUGUGUUUUAACAACCUCAUAUUUCAUCUGUGUGUUUAAACUAUAUUGUAACCUGCUUUGAGGAGAGAUAGUUAGGAAAUGAAACAUUAUUAUUAUUAUUAUUAAUGUCAAUUUCCAUUGAGAUGUUGGGAUUUUGAGCAACAGUUUCUGGGUAUUUUCAUCACUAAAUCUUUCCAGGUAACUGCUUCUUAGAUGGACCAUUGGUCCAUAAAAUGUAAUAUUUCUUUCACAGCCCUCCAAAGUCGCAGGCAUUAAUCCUUUCCUAAUUCUUUAUCUGAGGAUACUUUAACUGGAGAAAUAAGUAAUCUGACGUGUCAAGAGCUUCCAGUUCAAAGCAGAUAAUCUGGAUUCAAAAACUGGAUUCUUUGUCAAUGUAGAUCCAGCCACAGUUCUGCGCCUCCAUUAUAUGAUGUAUCGUCUGUUUUAUAGUAUCUGUUCAAUACUUUGGGCAAAAAAAGCAUAAUUUCUCACUCAGUUCCAUGUUCAAAAUCCCCUGUAACUUUAGGAUUUUUCGUUUGUACAAAUAUGGCUUUAUUGUGUAUAUGACUUCUGGUAUUUCGAUCGGGAAUACUUGACUCCAAAGAGAGAAAUGGAUAUUCAUUCCAUGUAAAUGUAUAUAUAAAAGAAUCCUAAAGCACGAGGUACAAACUGGUACUUUAUUUCUGGAGAGGAAAAAAAAUAUGAAUUCAUUGGAAUUUCAAAACAGACAUUACAUUCACUUGCAAAAGAGCACUUUCAUAAAGGAACGGCUGUAGAUUUGUACAUAUGUAAUGUUGACAUUUUAUUUACCAACAAAAGGACAUCUGUGUCAGUGUUUAUUUUUGGUUUUGAAUUUGUAGGUCAACUUCAAGGUGUAUAUUUUAAUGUUCACGCAGGGGGGAAAUGCCUUUUUCUCCUCAAAGUUCAUAGAACUUUGGUUCUAUUUAAUAUUUUACAAUGGCUCAAUAAAGAAAAGAAAAGAAA